AUGGCUCGCGAUGAUCUCCGACGGGGGAAGGGGGGCGAUUCCUGGAAGAAAAUUCGCCAAUCGUGCCCACUUACUACUGUGGCUCAUCGGCAGUUGCCGAAGAUCUCGUUGUCAACGUUCUCAGGGGCCUUCUCGGAGUGGACACCGUACAAGGAUCUGUUCCUCUCCAUGGUGGUCGGGAGUUCGGCGCUAAGUACUGUGGAGAAGUUCCACUAUCUGCUGACGUCUCUCACGGGUGAGCCUAAGCAGCUGAUCUCCACCUUGCCCGUGACCGAGGACGCGUUCCUGCCAGCGUGGAACGCUCUCUUGGCUCGUUACGAGAACAAGAGGCGGCUCGUCUCUAUCCAGCUGGGGAAGCUCCACGCGGCGCCGAGGGUCAUUAACCGCACCGCCAGGGAGUACAACGUGCUUCUCAACUCCGUGGCUGAGGCGGUCACCGCGCUGGAGUCUCUGGGUCGUCCGGUGGAGCAUUGGGACGAUAUGCUCGUCCACCUCGUUUCGACGCGGCUGGACGCCAAGAUGCUGGAGGCCUAG